UGAUACAGAUAAACCUGGACAUCCUCCUGAGACCCGGCAAUGGGAAAUUUGUCCAAUAUAUUGGACAUUGCAACACAGUGCACCGUGGCUUUCCAGGCGCUUGCCUCCUCCCAGAAAGCGUUUCCUCGCCUGCUUGUGGGACCCGUGCUGCCAUCUAGUGAAUGUAAUCAAAAUCAGUGUGUUUCCCGCCUUUCAGGAGCACUCGAAAUGGCGGAAUUGAGCACGAACGAUUUUUGCAGCUGCUGCCUAAGAAGCCCCGUGUGAGUGAUGCCAUGGCUGAGAAAAUCUUGGAGAGAAUUGCACAGUGGGACACCUCAGACUUGGACCUCUCGGACAGUGAUGACGACUCUGCUGAAGACUUUGUGUUUACUUCAUCAGUCCUGCACAAUAAGUCAAGUUCUGAAGAUGAAGAUACAAUGAAUGAAGGCUCCCCUGUGGCAUCGAGCUCCACUUCCACAUCUUUCGGAACGCAAAGACCCAGCCGUUGGAAAAAAACAGAGCGGAUGACAAAUUCGAAGAUGUCAGCUUUUCAGCCCGUCGUCGACACGCACCACCGGAAAUCAUGGUGUCAUCUUGAUUACUUCAAACAAUACAUUCCGGAUGAGCUCUUUGACGCAAUGGCAAUGUCAAUGAACACUGGUCAUGUUCUUGAAACUGGUAAGAGCUUGAAUACCACGGCGGAUGAGCUGAAAACACUUUUUGGAAUGUCAAUCACCAUUUCUUUUCUUGGAUACCCCCAAAUCCGAAUGUACUGGAGUACUAAAACCAGAGUGCCAGUUGUCGCAGACAAAAUGCCCAGAGAUCGGUAUUUUAAGCCAUGAUCCCGACUGAAAGUGGUCAAUGAACUUGAUGUAGCUGCAGAAGAAAAAGAAAAAGUCAAGCUUUGGUGAAUUAGAUUUUUUGUAAAAGCCAUCCUCAAUGGCUGUCUCCAGCUGCCACGAAAAGAGUGCCUGAGUAUCGAUGAACAAAUGAUACGAUUCAGCGGGCGAACGCACUUGAAACAGUUCGUUCCCCGUAAACCAAACCCUGAAGGCUUGAAAAAUUUUAUGCUUGCGACGCCAAGUGGCCUUAUUUCGGACUUUGAAAUAUAUCAAGGAAAGAAGUCCACUUUGUUCCAAGGAAGUUCUGGAAUUGGAGAGUCGGCUGUACUGAGGUUUUCAAACAAUCUCGCACCUGGAACACAGCUCUUUUUCGACAGGUAUUUCAUGUCUGUUCCAAGAGUAUAUAAACCGGCAAAGCAGGACAUUUCUGGUACCGGACCAGUGAGGAACAAUCGUAUCCCGAAAGGCGUAAACUUGUCCAGUGAAAGUGAACUUAAACCUAAGGGACGAGGAACAUCGGAGAUUGUGGAGGGAGAUGACGAACAACAAAUAGUUGUCUGUUGGUAUGACAACAAAGCAAUUACAUUAAUGUCUUGUCUUCAUGGCAAACAGCCUGAAGACGCGUGUUGCAGGUGGUCCAACAAAGACAAAAAACAUGUCAACAUAGCGAGGCCAAAUAUUGUGUGUUUAUACAACAAGAAUAUGGGAGGUGUUGAUAUGGCCGAUCGGAUGAUCAGCUAUUACCAAAUGAAGGCCAGGGUGAGUAAGUGGACCACCAGGUGCUUUUUCCACCUCAUGGAUAUGGCUCUAAGCAACUCAUGGUUGCAGUACACCAGAGAUAUGCGUGACCAACAGAAAAGACCAAGAGAGGUCCUCAAGUUUCUGCAUUUCCGAGUCUCUGUGGCAGACGCUCUAGUAAAUGAAGCGUUGCGGAUUGCAAGCGACAGCGACAGUGACUCAGGCUCGCAGCUGCCCACAAAGCGAGCUCCACUGCCCCCUCUUCCAGUGAGAAAAACAUUUGGUCACUUCCCACGACUUGCGGGCAUUCCGAAUGCUGCUCGCUGCAGAAUGAAGGUUGCAACAUGAAAACAAAGUUUUUUUGCGUAAAGUGCCAACUGUUCUAUUGCAUCAUGAAGGAACAGCGAUGCUUUGAGAAUGCCCAUUCAUCUUAAACUAAGAUUUGCGGACUGGAAUUUAAACGACCAUUAACAAUUGUAUUCUCGGUUUGGA